AUUUAGUUAUAGUAUGUAAGAAGCAAAAUUGAUUUAUUUGAAUUGUUUGUAGUGGUAACAUUGUUUCUUUUUUCAUUUCCCUCACUAAGUUUGAUUUCAUUCAUAAUUCUGUAUCUCAUGGCAGGCAAAUCUCGUAGACAUUACGAGUUCCUGUAUUAAAAAUAGAGCUCUACGGAAGGCCAUCAUAAAGUAAGACUGUUUCAAUUAAAUAAUUAGGUAUUUAGGGCUGAGAUACAGAGGUAUAAUUUAACUAAAGCAAAAGUAUAUAUUUGUUAUGAUUUCAUUUAUUUUGUAAUAAAAUGUCAGUGUUGUACAUGAAAAUGAAAUGGCUUCUUUUUAACUUAGGCUGAAUCCUAUUGAAGUUAUAUAGUUCUGUAGUAUAAAUCAUUACAUUUAUACUUUUAUUGGACCUUACGAGUAUAAAUAUAUGCGCCACUCUGCUUUACAGAACAACAAAAUAUAACAAAAAAUCUGGAAAUCACUAUAGCCUACUUUUAAAGUUUUAUCCAAGCCUAAUUUUUACUAGCCUAGAGUGAAAUAUUACAUUACAGCCUAAUUACUAAAUGAGCAUGAAUCUAUAGCAAGAUAAUUUCAUAAAUAUGUCUAAAUUUAACUUGAAUUACCUUAUCAAAGAAGAGCUAACAUAUGAGCUCUUAUCAAGGGGACAAGAUAUUAUCAACAAUGAUGUUCAGAGUUUAAGGAGGCAAUUAAGGUUAUGUCAAGACGUUCCAACAAAUGUUAUUAAUUUGAAAGGGAAAAUUAUACUUAAAGAUGAAUUUGACACGAUAGGAAACAAAUUAUAUAAUGUAGAGGAACUAAUAGGUCAGUGCAAGGAGACUAAUAGCAACUUAUUAGUAGCCAAAAUCAAAGCUAAGCUAGCCCAUUUAGCCUUAAGAAUUUCACAUAUGAAACUGUGUAAACUAGAAGAAUCAUUUACGAAUAGACUUACUGACUUUGUGGAUAAAUUGCAAAAAUCCACGUCGCAAUUUGAAGCUAUCCUAAAUGACAUCCCUCAGGAGGAGUUGGCGGAAUUUGAAGAAAGGUUAAACACAUCUAUUUUGGACGAAGAGGAAAUCGACUCAGAGAUAAAUAAGCAUGUUGUUCACGAUAGACAAACUUCUUCUACCCCUACCCAACAUAACACACAGACACUGGAAGUCGUUCAAGAUUUCAAGCCUAUAGAAAUUCCAUUUAACAAUCGCCUUGGUCCACAAGUACAACCACUAGCAGGCCCCUCUCAAGAGAUUGAAAAUGUAAAUGUAUUCGGAAAAAUUAAGAAUCCGUUAGAAAAUUAUCUCCAAAAAUUCAGGAUCUGUAAUGGACUAGAAAUCUAUCCUCUGCUUGACUUUUUAAGAAACCUAAUAACCAUCACCAUCGAGACCAAUCUUACUUCACACCAACUGUUUGAAAUCUUGCCUACAUAUACUUCUCAACCGCUCACGAAUAAAAUAUUAGAACACAAGAACACAAAUCAAUCAAUAGACCGACUACACACAGACAUCAUAAAUACUUUCAUACCAAUAACACUGAAGGAGAAACUGAAACAAGAACUUAUCUUUAGACCGCAAAAAACAAACGAACCGUUGUCAAUCUACAUAAAUGAGGUCAAGACAAAUCAUCAAGUAUUGAAGGGAAAUCUCACUGAAGAAGAAUUGGUUUGUUUCAUCAAAAAUGGCAUCCACCCAGAAAUCAGAAAUAAAUUAGUGUUUGAAAAAAAUCCGAUAACCUUCAGAGAUUUAGACCAACUGUGCAUUAACCUAAACAACGUUAAUUUUAAUGAUUAUGUCAGACACAAUAUGUUUCCUACAACGUCAAAUACAUCAUCAGGACAUAUGCAUAAUAGGUCAAUUGAAAAUCAGGGAAAUCAUGGGUAUGGACAAACGUCAAGUGGGACCUCAUAUCCACGAGACAGGGUUUGUUAUAACUGUGCUAGACCAGGUCAUACAGCAAGACAGUGCUUCAGAAAACCAAAAAACUCAUAAACUUGGGAGGUGUAAGAACCGAACUUCACGUAUCUUAUCCUCCCAGAAAACAAAAUGUUAAUGAUAAUACAAAUCAUAGUUUUGCAUUCAAAAAUGAAUUAAGACAACUAGUUAAAGGGCACAACAAAUUAAAGAAACCUAGCAUAACAAAAACCAAAGGUAAAACAAUAGAUUCUUUA